AUGCUUAUUACUGCAACUCAAUCCACUCAAGCAUCUCUGAAAGACGCUGGUAUUACUCCUGAUGUUGUUGAUGACUUUGUCCCUACCGCAAUUUUGAGUGUUAAGUACGGCGAGAAAAGUACAGAGCUGGGAAACGAAUUCACUAUUAAUGAAACCAAAGAUGCUCCGAGUAUCGAAUUUUUUGCGGACGACGAAAAUUCUCGAUAUACGCUUUUGAUGGUUGAUCCAGACGCACCAAGUCGUGCUACACCAAAGAACAGGGAAUGGCGUCAUUGGAUAAUUGGAAAUAUUCCACGUGAUUAUCCUUUUCUUGAACUUCAAAAAAAGAAACCAAAAAUUUUAAUUAUUAUUAUUCAUCGAUUAGAUUCAGGAAAUUUAUCCGAAGCAACUGUGAUCACUUCUUAUAACGGACCUACUCCUCCUCCUGGCACAGGAUUCCACCGAUAUGUUUUCUUGCUAUAUCGUCAACCUGAUUCACAUCUCGAAUUUCAAGCGGUACCUUCCCCUCGUGGUGGAUUUAAGGCUCGCCUUUUUGCUGAACAACAUGGGUUACAAUUAAUCGCGGCUAAUUUCUUCUUGUGUAAAAAUGAACAACAGUAA